CUCACCUUAUAGGAAAACAAAUCCUGCUGAUGACGGAUGUCAUGUUUUAAACAAAAACUAAUUUAAAACAUUCAAUAAUAUUGGUUACCAAAAGUUGUUUGCAGAAAGAUCUUUGAAUCUUUAUAAAGAUUCAUCAGGUGACAUAAAUAACUGAGUAUUAAAAUAUAAAUAAAGGCUAAUGCUUAUAUUAUAGUUAUAGUAUAGUCAUAGUCAUAGUAUAGUAGUAUAGUAAUAGUAGUAAUAGUUAAUAGUAAUAGUAAUGAUGACUAGUUCCUAAGAAUUGAAUGAGCCUAAAUUUUGGUUCAAUAGUCAAUAGUAAAUUUAAAACUGAAAUUUUUAAAAACUCUAAGUUCCUAAAUUUUCUGGUAAAAGUGGAAUUCAGGUGCGUAUAUUAUUUCUGUUUGAAUUUCUUAGUGUAAACUUAUGUUAGUUUAUUCUUUAUAAAAAGUAUUUUAAAAGUAAAUGCCAUCUGUUUUUGGAAUACAACAAUUAAAUUUUACGAGAUUAAAAAAGUACAUUUUCAUGAAUCUUUUGUCUUUUACGGAGCCAUUGUGGUAAAUCAAGGAUAACUCUUCUGUUUUUAAAGAUGCGUUAUAAAAGUUUCCCAAUUUGAUGAAUCUUGGUUAAAAUAAAUGUAUUUAUUUUAUAACUUUUACUUUACUAUCAAAUUCAAAUAUAACCGAAGUUUCCCAGGAUUGCAUUCAGAAAAAACAUCUGCUACUUUCGUUUAAUUCACAUUGCUAUAAAGCGAAAUUUCAACAACAAAACAACAACCCUAUAUUUAAAAAAAAAUUAUAAUUAAUUUGUCUCCUAUAAAAACACUUAAAAUAACUUAUGUAAACCUUUUGUUUUUCCGAUGGCACCUCGUUGUCCGGAAGGAUCAUAGUGGGAUCCCGAUGGGAUUCCAAUUCCGGUAGAAUUCUGGUCAUGGUGGUAUCCCGGUCAUGGUGGAUGCCGAUCCUGGUAAGAUCACGAUCCCCGUGAGAUCCUGUUUCCGUUGGUAUCUCAUUCCAAAUGAGAUCCCAAUCCGGUGGGAUCCCAUUUCCGGUGAUCCUGAUCCCGGUAGGAUCUCGAGCGCGGUGAGAUCCCGGUGGGAUACUGGUUCCAAUGAGAUCCCGUUUCCGGUGAGAUCCAGAUCCCAGUAGUUAUAGGGAACUCUCAUACUUGACAUACGUAGCCAGUUUACUAGUCACAUAGCAAUUGUUACGAGUGCCUGACGAGAAAUUCCAUAGUUCUAUUAACGUAAUUUGUUGCCUCACAAAGUUUGCGUAUAAACCAAAUGCUGCUGCACCAUUUAAAAUUUCCGUUGGAUCAACAAUUUCAAGUAUUGUCUCUUGGUCGUCCUGCCAUUUUGAACAAAAUAUCCCAGCUAUAUCCCAGUCCGUCUUAUUCUAUAUAAUCACUAGCCCUCACCCUCAUUUUGCUCAGUGCAAAUUAUUCACCAUUAAUAAGCGCAUUUGCAUACCAAAAAGGGGAUGAUCCUCAAAUUAGAGCUGACCAAUCACGGACAACGUAUUUGCAGCCAUCAUUAUGAGAUGACUAUCAAUAAAUGAUCCAAUUUCCACCAAUCCUGCAACGUAACAAAUAUUUUUUUUUUAAAAGUGGACACGUGAUCACACAUUGGCACAUAGUCGUGUCGUGGAAACACCCCCCCCCCCUUUCAGCUUCCCUCCCGGACAAUGAUGAUGUGUGUCCCCGCUGCCUUAGUUGGUGAUCCAGUUCUAAUCCACCCCCCCCCCCGACUUCAAGGGUCAACCCGUAUAUUCUGAGGGCUCUGAGAGGGGAAAAAAAAGAAAGUGGGGGGUGGGGAAGGGGAGCGCUCGUGUGUAAUGAAAAAUCUAGUAUUUCAUUCUUUUUUGUGACCAUGCCUACAGUUUGAAAAUUUCGUUUAGCAUACUAACUUAUAGUAUAGGUGGUUAAAAAUCUGGCCUUAGGGUGGGAAAAACAAUUGGGCUAUGGGCUAUGUAACUUUGGUUGGGGGAUGUUAAAAGACUCUUUAGAAAUCAAAUAAAAAGAAAAAAAGUGAUUUAAAAUUCAAUAUUGGCUAACUAUAACUGCCUGUAUUUAAUUAAUAAAGAAUACACGUAAGUUUAUAUGAUAAAAUACAAAAUGCGUUAAGAAAAUUAAAUAAUAUACGCACCUGAACUCCACUUUUACCACUUUUCUACUAAUAGUAUUCAUUAAUUAAGUUCCUUGUCUUAGUCAUCAUAGUGACAGUCGUACGCUCUUGGUCUUAAAAAUGAUAGGACUAACUAAUACUGCUUUUUAUAAUAGUUCUUAUAGUCUAGAUACAUACCUUCUUUACUUUUAGUCAGUCUUACAUUACAUUUACAUUGUCAGUCUCAUUCUCAUUGUUCUUAUUUGUCUUAUUUAAAUAUUAAAUGACUUUAACGUCAAAUAUUGUAUUAUAAUAAUAAUUAAACAACCCAUACAACUACAAGCAAAGUUUUUCGUAUACGAGACAGAAAAAAUAAAUUCUCAAUAUUUAAAUAAGCCUGUUGUUUUAUGUACAAUUUUAGUGAAUAAAGUGAUUGUUAUUAUUAAUCUUAAAAAAGCUAAUUAACUAAAUAAAAAAAUUUCACGGUUCAGAAAUAGUACGGAAAUUUUAUUUUAAAUAAAAUAUUAAUCAUGUGCUAAUUUUUCUGUUUAAAUUAUUAAAUGCACAUUACUUUUCAGAUUUGUCUAGAAAAUUGUAUACAAUUUAUAUUUCAGUCCUUACAGUUACAGUACAGAAUAUUUAAGAGAUACCCUAGAAAUGACAGCUAUUCAAAAAUCUAAGACUGGAGAUAAUGUUGCAGCACUGGUAGAUCUCUUUUUAUCACCAGAAUUUGAACCUCUGCAAAGUUAGUGUUGUUAUUUGUAGUUUGAUUACAUUUUUUUUUUAAAUUACAAAAAAAAAUUCAGUUAGAAGACAGUUUGUAUUCCAGAGAUAUCCAUGACUUUUUGCAUUAUAAUGUCAGCCUUUAAUUUAAAAGAUUACAGUAAUGUAUGCAUCAUUAAAUCAUUCGAUUUUUCCUUUUUUUUUUUUUUAAGGAAAACAGUGUUUUUAGAAUAAUAUGUAAUGGGUAAAAACAGCAUAUUAAAUAUAAAUAUAUUUUCAAAUAUCAUUUUAUUAAAAAUUGUUCUAUGAGCACUAUCUAUUACAAUUGAUGGAUAUUUUAAUUUUAAUCUGUUUGGAAAAGUAAGUCAACACAAGGAGUUCAAGGGGUAUUUCACUGUAAAACAGUAGCAUCACUAGUGUAGGGCUGGUGAUGUGAAAUGCAUCUUAUGACAUCCUCGCUAGGUAUCAAAAUAGUACAAGAUUAUUCCAAAUUGUGUGAAAAUAAUACAGUAAUGGAUCGUUUAGUCAUUUAUUAGAGAUUUAACUGCUUUUGAUGCUGAUUCUUAUCUGUUAAUGCUAUAGAUAAUAUAAUGGAUCGUUUAGUUCAGGCCUGCACAACAUAUGGCCCGCGAGCCACAUGCGGCCCGCCAGCACGCACUUUGCGGCCCGUGAAGUAACGAAAUAUUCUUAAUUCUUAUUAUUUUCUUUAUAGCUUUUCCCCCCGUCAUAUUUUCUUUUGGCCUGCACAAGUCCUGUCCUAAAUUCUUUUGGCCCGCACAAGUUCUUCAUAAAGUAUUACGGCCCGCUUUACAUUUUGAGUCGUGCAGGCCUUGUUUAGUCAUUUGUUAGAUUUAAUUGCUUUUGCUGCUGAUUCUUAUCUUUUAAUGCUAUAGAUACUAUUCUUUUCUGUUUAUGGUGUAGAUCAGGCCUGCACAACUCAAAAUGUAAGGCGGGCAAUAAUACUUUAUGAAAUACGUGUGCGGGCCAAAAGAAAAUAGGACAGGACUUGUGCGGGCAAAAAUAAAAUAAUACAGGGGUGAAAGCUGUUAAGAAAAUAAUAAAAUAAUAAAAAUAAAGAAUAUUUCGUUACUUCGCAGGCCGCCAAGUGGGUGCUGGCGGGCCAUGCCGCCCGUGGGCCGUAUAUUGUGCAGGCCUGGUGAAGAUACUACUCUUUUUUGUUAAUGCCAUAGAUACUACUCUUUUCUGUUAAUGAUUUUCAAAACUGAACUUUUUUUAAAGAACUAUUUGCAAUCUACCUUGUUACAUUGUAAGCCUACUAUUCUUUCAGUUUUAUCCAUUCAAGUUUUAAGUAAUAUGGUCAAAAAUUUUGAUUUUGUGAUUGAUAAGUGGGCUGCUUGAAUCAUGAUACAGAGGGGGUGGGGAUACUGCUAUCAGGUUCGGUAAGAGGAAAUGUGUAAAACAAGGUCGAGGAAAACAACAGACAUUCCGGCAAGAAAGAGUAACAAAUAUUUUUUUUAAACUUCACUGAAAUGUUGUAUCUCAGAGAACAGCAAGAGGAAUGUGCUUUGAUGGCCAGGAAAUUAUAAAUAAUUUUUUUUUUUUAAAGUUUUAUAAUAUAUUUGUAAUUCUUUAAGACUGUCACAUCAAUUGCCAUCCUUUCCAUUGGGUUCAUAGGACAAUCAUAAUCUUACGAAUUGAAAUUACUUUAGGCUAGAUGACUCUCGCGUGUAGAUACUGAUAUUCCAUCGAGCGCUGCCCCACUAGAUAAAGCAAUGAAAGCCCACCAGAUAUGGCAAGUACUGGGGAAAAAAGCACCAUUGUGGACCAAAAGCAGAGCCUACCACCUUAUAGGAAGUGGAGGCAUCAAGACAGGCUUGGGAACCUUAAUGUAGCUACAUAGAGAACUGUAAGGGACAACCCCCAGGCGGUUGUGCACAGGGCUAACAGCCCAUCCAUUUAAAGAAAUGAACGUUACAAAAAAAAACAAACAACACAAUUAAACCCGUAGUGAUUCUGACGGAAAUCGACCUAUGCCUGGAUAUGGACAUGCUUUUUUUUGGAUUGCGCCUUAGAAUGUACUAAGCCUAUUUAGAGCAGGACCCUUUGCCAACCCAAUAUAUCAAUUAAUUAAAUGUAAAAUCUCUAUUGCUGCAUUGCAUGGAAUUUGAUGGAAGAAUGCAGACAUCAUCAAGACAAAAGAUUACACCAAAUUUUUUAUUGGCAACAACACUAACACUCUUGGAACAGGAUUUGCUGCCAAGAAAGAAGCUGUCGGUGCAGUCAUAGGUUUAAACCAGAGAAUUAAAGAUUGUGCUCUUUGCAUGUGCAAGGGAAAAUUCUUAAUAUAUUUAUAAAUAUUCAUGCUUCCACCAAAGAUACAGAGGGUCGGAUAAAAGAAUCCUUUUAUGAGGCACUGGAAAAGAUUUGAGAUGAGGCACCACAACAUGAUAUUAAAAUAGUGAUUGGCGACUUUAAUGUCAAAAUAGGGAAAGAAAAUGUGUUAAUGCCAAAUAUUAGCAAUUAGAGUCUGCAUGGAAGAAUCCGAUGACAAUGGGAUCCAACUCAAAGACUUUGCUGUAGGAAAAAGCAUGACAGCAGCACCAAGCUCUACACAAAAGUAUACAUAAAGAAACUUGGAACUCACCUGAUGGAAUCACUCACAGUUAUAUUGACCAUGUUCUAAUCGAUCAGUGGCAUGGAUCAGACAUACUAGACACAAGAGGUUAUCAAGGAGCAGAUGCAGACUCAGACCAUCUUCUACUUGUAGGGGUUAAAUAUAAGCACAGAAUAAGCAUAAUACACAAUGGCCAAAAUCAACUAGAAAAACUAUAUAAUUACCAAAAACUUACCAAAGACCUACUAAUCGCAAAAGCUUAUCAAAAUGAAGUAGAAGUAAAACUACACAGGAGGAAAUAAACAUGGCAAACAACACAAAUGAGCAGUGGGAUAGGAUAAAAAAUGCUAAGAAAUUAUCAGGAGAAAAAGUAGUAGGAUUUCAGCAAACUAACAUCAACAGUAAAGUAGGUUGGUUUGAUAAUGAAUGCAGAAAGACUGUCAAAGAAAGGAACAAGGCACAAAUGACCAUGAUCCAAAGAGAAACAAGAAAUACGAGACAAAUAUAAAAGGAAGCCAGAAAGAAAAUGUGUAGGAAGAAAAGAGGGAAUGGUAAAAGACUAAAUUAAAGGAAAUGACUUCCUUUAGUCACUUAAAGAAACUUUGUUUUUUUUAGGGUUGACUUAAAUUAUAAACCAUACAAAUAUUAUAUCACUGAUAACCACUUUCAAUGUUCCUUAUUUAAAACUUAAAUUUGUUAGCAUCUAUAAUCUUAUCAGGGAGACAAGUAGUUGUCUUUAGAUUUGCUCAACAUUUACUUCAGAUAACUAAUAGCCCACAGAAUUAAUUAUGAGGUUUUAUUGACACUAGCAUAAUAUGCUUACCACAUUUUUAUUAUAUCUUUUUACUGUUUUAUAAAAAAACUUACCAAAAGAUAAUAUAUCAUUUGUAAAAAAAAUAUGUGAUGUACAUUAUUCUUAAGCACAGCAAAAAUUUUUACUGAUUCAUAAAUUUUGAAAAUAGUUACUAGCAACCAUUGACUUAUUAAUCUACAUAACUCUUCAGUCCUCAUUAUAGUUAAUGAAUUAUCCACAAUUAUGUUUAAAGUAUUCUAGUUUAAAAAUUAUCUUAAUCAAAAUGUUUAUCCAUGUGCUGAACAUAAAUAUGCAAAAUCUAAUCAAAAUACUUUUCCGUUUAUUUGGAUCAAUAAAAGAAUCUUAUCUUAUGGCCAAGACAUAAUUUUUAAAAAGAAUUUUUAAAAUUAUGGCUGCGUCUAUUCGCACCGGGUCCCAUUAGACUCAAUGCUAUUCAGAUAUCAUUUGUAGUCGUUUAUUUUAGUUAAACUGAAGAAGUAAGUUUACCAGCAUAUUAUAGUCCAUUCAAUUAUCUUUCAUUUGAUACCUCAUUUUGUCAUACAAACCCAACAAUAAUAUUUUAAAUAGUUUUUUAAUCCCAACCUCUCAAUUAUGGUACUCCGGUGCGAAUAGCCACUUUGAAAAAUUAUUAUACUUUUAAAUAAAAAUCGUAUAUCCAUAUUGAGCAUGAGGAGAGAAUUGAUUAAAGCAAAAUAUGAAAGCUGUUAACAACAAGGAUCAUUUGUCAAAUGUUUCAGAAAACUAAAAGGCUAUGAGCUGAGAAAGAAAUUCUAUUAUUGUUUAAAAUGUACUUAUUUUUAUGCACCCAAAUAAUUUUAUUGUCACUGUAAUAUAUUUUUCAUCUCUUAGAAAAUACAAGUCAGAAAAUACAUUUCUCAGGAGCUGGUCCAGUGCAAAAAUAUAGUUUUGAAGCUGAUAUUGAAGUACAUGAUGGGGAUCUAAAGGCGCCUGGUAUGAUGUUUAAUUUGAUAUUGAUAUCAGAACAAAGUAAGGUACCGUCACCGGUAGUUAUUUUAAAAAUCACAUUACACACAUUAAGGGUGCAGUCUUCUAAAACUAACUUUGUUCAUAAAAAUUUAUAAAAUAUUGAUAUGGUAACCAAUGGAUUCUAAUAUUGGAUUGGAGCAUUCUUUUGAAGAUGUUGUCCAGUAAUAAGCCAGAAUAAAGUCAAGAGAAUCUUCCAUUUUUUUUUAUUGAACACAGCCUUGCUAAAACUUAACAUACCUCAGAAUUUAUGACAUCUACUCAACAUGUAAGACACCUGUUAAAUUAUUUUUAAAAAUGAAAGCAUGACAUACAGCUCCACCUUUUUGAAUUGCAUUAAAUGAAUUGAUGAUGAGCUUCACUCCCAAAGGUCAAUGAAUUCAUUCUAAAUUUUGGUUGACCAAUGUAUGACAGAAAAAAAGACCUAACUGAGGUCAGAUGUAGCUUCAUCUCAAACUAAAUUUCUCAAAACAACUCAAGAGUGCUAGAAAUUGACCUGGUUUUGAAUCAUCAUUUAACAAUUCUCUCUAUGUCCUCUAGAUCAGCAUUUCCCUAACUAUUUUAUACUUCCCUUUCAUAACCCACUUAACUGUGUACUGGUUAUUCUGGCCUAUAUGAUAACAAGAACAAAAAAAAAGUUUUUAUGCAUACAAAGUUUAUAUAUGUCAAUACUAAAAAUGCAUGUGCUCUCACAAAAGAGUAAAGAAAUCUAAAACAGGUCAAUAAAUAUUUAAUGAGAAGUGUGAUAUUGUAUUUUGUUAACUAGAAACUGUUGGGUCUAUUGGAAAAGAUGACAUCUUUAUAUUCUGAUAACAAGUUCUUUACCUUUGCCUCUAAUUUCUCCUUCACCCAUCCAAUUUCACCCUCACCCAUCCAAUUUCUCCCUCACCCAUCCAAUUUCUCCCUCACCCAUCCAAUUUCUCCCUCACCCAUCCAAUUUCUCCCUCACCCAUCCAAUUUCUCCCUCACCCAUCCAAUUUCUCCCUCACCAUUCUUCUUAUUUGUGGGGCCUUCUGCUUUUGCAUGCUUAAUCAUUCCUGGAUAAACAUUUUACUAUAUGACUUCUCAACUAUGCCCCAGAAAGUGCUAGGACAAUUAGGGAAAUAGAGCGAACCACUUAUGAUGAGCUGAACUUCCUGUGUCAUUAUUGGAUGGACAUAUUUUGAUGACAAACAAAACCACCACUUAUCUCCCAAAAUAGCUCUUAGUUCUUGCAUUGAGUUAUUCCAAUAAUAAAAUAGUUAUAUUUUUUACCUUGCCCUCUAACCUCAUGUGUUUUAACAUGAGGUUAGAGUGAUCUUAAAGUGAUCUUACUCAUAGUCUUUCUCUGCCUCUCCACACUUUCUUUUUGGACUGGGUAUGGUUUGGGCAAGUGAAACAAAUGCCGGACCAAUCUGUUUGUCUGUCUCCCAGUCAUGCAUUUGUUUGGGCUAAUAAUUUAGUAAUAAGCUGUGAACAAUGAGAUGGCAAAAAAUUCGCCUCACUCAUCUGCCGGUUUCUAUUAUUUUAAGAUUUCGUAGAAAACAAAACCUCAAAAACAAACACAAUGCUAUUUUUGUAGGAUUCUUUCACAACCCAGUAUUUUUGUUCUUUUUGCCCAGUAUGCUGCAAAAAAAACAAAAAAACUCCCAAGGCAACUUAAUCCAAAGUUUUUUUCCAAUUUUCGGCUUCUGAAUCAAUUUGGCUUUAAAAAGGAACAUAAAGCAAUUAUUUUAUUCUAUCCCCUUUCCAAGCUAAGAAUGUUGUAUGAUGUGUAGGAUUGUUUUCAUGAUCCUUGCAUUAUUUAUCUUUUACCAGUUACCUCUUCUUAAGUAUAGGUGCAGAACUGAAAUAAAUUUAUAAUAAUUUUUUUGAUGCGCAUUUGAAAUAGCUAAUUUUUUUUAACAAUGGAGUUAUGUAAAUAAUUUUAAGUAUGCUAUUAAAAAAUUAAUUUGUAUAAUUUUUAACAGGCAUUUUAGCAUUUGAAAACAAAGAAGGUUAAAUAUAGACUAUAUAUAUUUAUAUUAAUGCACCACAAUCGAUUUUCCUUUAUUUCAAAAGUCAUUUUAACUAAAUUUUAAUUACUAUAAAAAAAGAAUAAAAAGAGAUGAAAUAGAAAAAAAAAAAAAAAAAAAAAAAUAAAAAAACCCCCCCCCCCCCGAUCACCCUCCAAGUAAUGACCAGAAAGGUCAAACCCCCCCCCCCCUUUUUUUUUCUUCUUAAUCCAAAAUACUGAUACUGGUACAUAUACAAUUUAUUCUAGUCGCAUCUUUAAGCUAUAAAACUAUAUUUACCGGUAUUAAUAUAUUUCAUUUGCAGAUCAAAAGGAGCAAGUUAUUGCAAUAGCUCGGUCUCUGGCACAAAGUGGAGAUGAACUAUACCAGCAAAUAGGUAUUUUCAAUAUGUAUUAUAUAUGUAAGAUAUGUAAACAAUGAUUUGUGAAUACUAAAUAAUAUUUGAUCCAGUGUACUGAAAUAAUGAAAGAACACUGCUCAAAAAGAUUUUACUACUGGUACUGAGAGCAAAACAUAUGGGUUAUAUGGAUUUCAACACCUUGAUUCCCAAUAUGAUGUCAGAAUCUGCCUAGCACAUCUAGAUUUAAUUUAAACAUGGAUUUUAAACAAUAUAUACAUAGUAUUAAUAUAUAUAAACAAUAAUAUAAACAUAAAUAUAUAUAUAGUAUUAAUAUAUAUAAACAUACACAAACUGGAAAAUGAUAUAUGUUUAUGAACUGGUGUGAUGUUCUCAUGCUGAGAUUAGGUUGCGAAUCUGUUCUUAAUCACUGGAGACUUUUAAUAGAUUCCAACAAGGCGAGCUUGAAAGCUGAGUUGUUGCACAAUUGUAAUGAAAAAUUAUAUGUCCUGUUGCUCUCGCGGUAGGGCUCAAACAAACAUAUGAUUCAAUGAAACUCAUUUUGAAAGUGAUCAACUGCUCUGAACGCAACUGGAACAUCGGUACUGACUUGAAAACGGCAGCGUUUAUCUAAAACUUGGACAAAAGUUGAGCUACACAAAACACAGGUGUUUUUUUUGUGUGUGGAACAGCAGUGAUGACAACAACAAUUGCAAAGUGAAACAGUGGCCUCCUAGAUCUGAGCACAUUGUUGGUUGGCUCUAUGUGCAACACAAAUCAUUGGUUAAUCCUUUGAAAGUUAACUUACCGCUUCACAUUAAACUGGAACUCAUGAAUUUUUUUUAUAGCAGCAAUGGCUCGUAAUAUCGUAAUAGAAAAUCAAAACUGAUGCUAAGCUGUUAUUUUUAUUGGGUCAAACAUCCACGAACUGAUGCGUGAAACUGUAUCUAGAACCAAGCUGAAUCCACUUGAACUUGCCAAUCGAAUGUUGGUGGUGCUGAACUUUCUUGUGCAUCACUAAGCUCUGAACUAUGCUGAAAUCUUUUGCAACAUGCCAACAGCCUACAAGCAACUCAGCUGCCGAAAAAUAUUUUCAAAGUGGAUUUUUUUACCGCCAAACUUGGUUGAUGAAGCGAUGAUCACGGAGAGAGAUGUCAUCAAGAUGUCUUCAUCUUCGUAACAAGGUAUCAAGGCCAAUGAAAUUCUUAACAUGAGAGGUAAUUACUGCUGCAUUCUGCAGCAGGCAAUAGGAGCCACUCACAAGCACCAGAGAAAGUGCCUAAAGCACUUUUGAACUCGUAUAGAGUUAAGCUGGAGACAAACUUUGAAAUGUAGUAUUUCAUCUGAGUAAUAUUAAUAUACAUACAAUUAUAUUGGAUUUUUUAAAAUUUGCAUAAUAUUAUUUUUUCUCAAAAAUUCAUUGUAUUGUUUAAUAGACUUUGGCAUGUUUUUCUCUUAAGAAUUUCUAUAUAUAUUUACUUCUUUUUAAAUUUAAGACAAAAAGCAUAAUAUUUACUUAUUGGACAUAGGUUAAUUUUUUCAACAUAUAAGUAUUAAAAGAAUAACAAUUUUAUUUAUGUAAUGACUGUUCUUGAGUAUAGUCACAUUUGUAAGUUAUAAGCUAAUACUAGUUCUAUAAUUUAUGUAUGAUAUGUAAGAUCAAAAGCAUAGGGGUAAUUUGGAAGAGGUUGUGGAUGCUAGGACAUUUGUAAAGUAAUAAGGGAAAAGAGUGGGGUAGAGGAGUGGGAAGUGUAUGUCCUUUUAGUAAGUGGGAAAUUGUAUGGUAAAGGUUCAUAAAAUAGUAAAAAAUAAUUUAUUUACUUUGUAGAAUUAAUAAACUUAAAGAUAGUUUCUGAUGAUAAACUUUUUUUUUAAAAUUAUUUGAUAAGUUUUUUGCACUGAUCAUGCAUUAAAUUGAAAUAAUAUAAUGGUGAAGUCAUAAUUUAUUUUCAUUGCCGUAUAGGGGGUGGGCAGGUGGAGGAGGGGUGGGUGUUGAGGGUUUAUUGGGGAUGAUAGUGAGGGAGUGCAUCUUUUGGAGGUGUUAAGGGGGCUUGUUGAGGUUGGGGAGAUGGUAAGAGAUGAAAGGCAUGGGAAGAGAGGAAUUAUACAAAUUUAUGGGUGGUCAGUGGAGUAGCUGGACUUUGUGACACCUUGGAUGUUUCCAUGAUUUAACCACCCAUAGUUCAUAAAAACAACAAUGCAUACAAAAAAAUAACAUAAAAUAAGCUAUAUGAAGUGGACUGAAAAUACUGCUUCAAAGUAAGUUCAGCCCAGUGCUGACAGUCACCCUCCUGUUAUGCCAGUUGUAUUUUAAAUUAUUAAACUGAAAUCAUAUUAAAUGUGUAAAGGAACUUCAGUUAUUUCUGAAAUGAUUUUCAGCGGCAAGGAAUCAACAAGAACUGAAUUCAGUUUUUGAAGGUGACUUAAGAAAGGAAGAUGUAAGUAUUUUGGAGCUGUUUUGGAAAACCCAUAUUUUCUUGAAUGUCAUGAUUCAGAAAUCAGUAUUAAAUCCAAAAAAUGUUUAAUUUAUUGAUUUUUUGGGUAUAUCAUUAACGAACUCUUUCUGGAAUGAUGUAAAAGACAUACUUAUUCCAUUUCUUUAAUUAAAACAUUGUUAGAAAAAACAACAAAAAUUGCAUUAAAAAAACACAAAUUCAAAUAAAACACUUGUGCAAAGCAACCAUGUACAUAUCAAGUAACAACAUCAUCUUACAAAAUACAAAGUCUUUAUUAUUAUGAACUGUAUCAAAAUGACUGGGUACUUAAAAUUUAUCUGUUAAAUCGUCAUUUUUAAAAAAAAUUCUAAUCCUUUUCUCACUUAUAACUUAUGAUCAUUACAAAACUACAUUACGUAAAGUAAAUAAAUCUCAAAUCAAUAUCUAUGACUGAGACAUGUCUAAACAUUAAGUAUUGUCAAAACUAACUGAAAAAUGCUAGACACAUUGAGGUUUGUCUUGAGGCAGCCAUCGGGUGGAAAGGGACUGCCAUUCAUUUGUUAGUCUGCUGAACCUGUAAUUUUAUUUCAUUGGACAUUAGUUAUUACGUUGCAAAUAAAUUUUAAUAAACAGAUUUCAUAAUAAAAAUGUAAUACUGCCCCAGAUGCUGAUUCCACCUGGAAAAUCCUGACAUCAGACUUUGGAUUAUCUAAUCUCUAGAUAGAAUAGAUAUGAAAUAAAAUUUAAGCAACAUGUCCUGAUUUUGAUAUUAUUGUUUGAAUUUUCCAUUGCUAUAUAAAAAAAAAAGGAUUAACAUUGGUUAACUUUUAAUGUUAAAAUUUAAAUAUUUUAAGUCCCUGGCAAGUACUUUCACAAUGAGGUACUAUAAUAAGCUGAUAACGUAUUGAUGCUUUAUGAAAUAAGCAUUGAACUGGCACCAGAACAAUUGAACUUUUAACAAUUUUUUGGCUUUGGAUUUAAAUAUCUUAUUCUGUAUAAUGUUCAAGAUACUAUCAUUCCAUGAUUGUGUAGUUAACAAUCAAUUAUGCUGAUUUCAUUGCAAAAGAAAACAGGCAAAUAAUUGUUCAAUUGAAGUACACCACUGAAACAAUCAGUCCCAAAAGCAUAUCUGUUAAUCUAAAUGAUGCUCUAUCUAUCGUACUCAUGUUAUUAACUUAAUAUAUUACCUAAAUCAUUAUCAAUAUAACUUUUACGCUAUUAUUGAUGGCAUAAUUAUGAUAUGCAGAAAAGUUCCUCUACAUUUUUCUUGAAAUUUAAUUCUUUUAAUUAUCAAGGUGAAAGACAAAGCCUGGACCCGUUUUCAAAAUAUAAUGGAUGACUCUAUCAAAGGAACAGGUGUUGAUGAUGCUAAAAAGCAAUUAGGGGCUUUCCUUUUAGCUCUAAGAAGCUUCUGCAGAGUUCAAAAAGAAGUCAGACAAGUUGCCAGUAUCUUUGCCCAAAGAUUUAUAGCAGAAAGACAGUUAGACCAAGCCUUGGUAGGUUUAUCAUUAAAAUAUAUACAUAAAACAAACAAUAUUUGUAAAUUUAGGAAGUCAAUCAAUUUUCUUCAAAUUUUUCUGUAAAUUUUUCCUUUCGUUUCAACUGAAAUUUGUGACUAUACACUGAGGACCAUAUUUCAUGGUAAAGUGAUCGUUAUAACUGCAAUAAAAUUUCAAUUUUAUUAUAUCAAAAACAUUAAAAUUUGAAGGAAAAAUAUUAUCCCUAGUGUUAAAAAUAUGAAGGGUACAAUAAUAAUAAAUGAAUAAAUAAAAUGCUUUUUUAAAGAAACACAUCUAUGUCUUGGUGCGUUUCUUUAAAUAAGCAUUUUAUUUAUUUUUUUAGCACAUAAAUAUCACUGCUGUAUGCCUUUUUCAGAAAUAGGAAUAGGCUUAUUAUUAUUAUUGAAAUACAGGAAGCCCAAAAAAUAUGUUGAUAAUAUUGACUGAUAAAAUUCAUUAACUUAUUUUUUUAGAGCUUAAGUAAUUACAUGUGAAAUAUAAUUUAAACUUUUUUAAAGUUGAUUUAAUAUCACCAAACUGUUUGUUUUAUUAAGCAUCCUUUUAGAUUUGACUAAAUGAAGGUUGACUAUUUACUUGAAAUAAAACUACUAAAAGCAUAUCACACAAAGAGUGUAAAAUAUAAAGUGGAAGAUUAGCCUCCGGCCUCAUUUUGGUCCUGAUUAUAAUGCAAACUCAUUUUGGGUCAAGAAAUUGAGAUGAAAAAUUCUUCAGUUUUAAAAAAAUUAUAUAGAAUUGGAUUUUUUUUAUUAUACAUAGCUGGGGUGAUGUUUUUUAUCUAGCUACGGUACUAUUAUUUUUUAGAUAAUGUAUAUUGGCCUGUGUUGUUUAUGGUUGCAAGGUAUGAAAGACUUAGAAUAGGUAUUAUUGUAUGUAGUUGUGUAAUGUUGAAUUUUGUACCUCAAUGUGGUAUGUACCGCGCUUCGAGCCUUUGGGGAUGAAGCGGGAUUUUUAAAUAAUCUUUAUUAUUAUUAUUAAUAUAGCCAAAAUAGAAAUGAUAAAAUAAAAUGCAAAUUCCUUUUAGUUUGGGGAUGCAUAGCUAAUAACCCUUAAAAAUUGUUUAAUACUAGAUUAUCUGUGUGUCAAUAAAGAAUGGGGGUGGGGGGGUGAAAUAAAUGACCCCAGUUCCACUUUAAAUCACCUACAACUAUCUACUAUAUGAACUCAGCUGCUGAAAUUGUCACUUCAAUAGAUAAAAACUACUUUCUUGGUUGAAAUCAACCAAUGCAUGUACUAACAUUACUCUAAAAUAUGAGUGUCUCAACUUGCUGACUAAGAUUUAGGUGCUAGCUCUGGCCCCUUUCCUGCUUCUCUCUUAGCAAGAUUCAAAUAGCUAUUAGACUUAAACAAAAUAUCAAAAUAAUUGUUAAUACAAUUACAAUAGAAUGAUUGUAAAAUUUACCAAAAGCAAAACUUUAUACUUUGAUCACAGAACAGGCAUAUUAUGAGAGUUUGGUCACAACUUUUUUCUUAAAAUAGUUAAAAUCAACUUUAGUUUGGUCACAACUUUUUUCUUAAAAUAGUUAAAAUCAACUUAGCUGCCAUAAUUUUUAAUUAAAAUGUGAUAAAACUUAUAUUUUUGGUCUGGAUGAUGCAAGAGAAUGUUUAGAUGUUUCCUAUAAUUAUUAUUAUUUUAUAACCCUUUUCUUUUUCAGAAUAACCUAUCAGUUAGAGAAUUGGAUUAAUACUUAAAGAGAAUAGGAUUAAUACUUAUCAUCCUUCUAAUUUGAUCUCUCAACUGCUACUAUGGCAUGGAGCAAACAAAGAGGAACUUAAGUAUGAAUGUGGUGUUGUAGAAUGGUUUACUGAGUACAAUAUUGUUGUUUCCUUUUUUUAUCACACUGUGAUUCAUCAUUCUUAUUUGAUGUCACCAUUGUUUUAUUAACUAGAGUACAUAAUAUGAGAACAAGCAUGAGUGUUCUCUCUUACAGUUUGGCCCAUGAAUGACUCCCAUAUUUUAAAUUCACAGAAGCUAAGCAGAAGUGGGAAUUUUUUUUUAAUGAUGCCAACCUUUUUAUGGUCCCAUAUGGCAUGGCCCUCACUAUUUUCUAAUGCAAUACCUAUUUGUUUUGUGUUAUCUAAUAAAACUCUGUUGUUGUAAAAAGAAUGUUGCUCAUUUUUAUUUCUGUUUAUUACUUUACAUGUGCUAAUUCUCAGAGCUCACUAAUAAAAAUUUUAAGCUAGAUUAAAUAAAAUUGCAGGAAAAACACACAUAGAUAUAUUUAUAGACUUAAUGAAUUCAACUAUAUGCUGUAAAUUAUAUUCGUAAAGAUUUUAUACAAGUGUAUUUGUAAUAUAGUUUUAUUUUUUCAAAUAUUUAUUUUAAACUCCCUGCACGCUUGAUUCCAAUGACUCACCUGACAUCAUCUAAGUUUUAUAAUUUUAUAAAGGAAUUCUCUGGCUAUCUCUCAUGACAAAAAAGUAGGAUGAUGACAAGCCAAAUGAUCCAGGGAUAACAGUUAAGGGGAAAAUAGAUAUAUUUAAACACAUAUACGAUAAUUAUAAAAAUGUGUCUGAGAAUAAAACUGAACAUAAUGUCAUGUGUGUCGUGAUUAGCACAUGUGAAAACUAUUUACAUUUUUUAUUAUUGUUAGACGGCACGACAUUCCAUGUGUUGUCAAGGCUGCCAAAAGAUGAGUUAUGAAUUAAGCCACUAGUAUGGCAUUUAAAACACACAAAAAUUAAUUCUUGUUUGCCAAAAAGAAACCACUAUACUCAGAAUAUGUUUCAUUCCAUGGAACAUGCUUUUAAAAGUUUUAAUUUCUAAAUAUUAUUUUAUUGUUGAUGCCAAUGACAUUCAUUUCUUUUAUAGUGUAUUUAAGUGUUGGUUUUUUUGUUGCAUUUUUUUUCUAAUGUUGCCUGCAGCCGUAUUGAUGGAUAAUUUUGUCUGAAUAUUAGCUAGGUCAUUUUUCUUUUCUUGUUAAUCAUUUUGCAUCUAAUACUAAUAUGAUUAAAAUCUUUAUAGAAAUGUCUAUCGUAUUUGCCAGUUGAUACUAUUCACAUCAACUCUGGAUUGGCUUCAAGCAUUUUUCAGACUUAACAAAACAUUUGCUUUCUGAUUUUACCCCAUUUGUAAAAAAAAAAAAAUAUAUCACUAACCUCAAUUACAACACAGUGUUCUUAUCUUCAAGGCAUCCCCACUGUUCAUAACCAUGGCAAAGUCGGAAAACUGUUAGACAUUAACAUACCUGCCCAAACAUCCUUCCAUUUGUUCCUUUAAUCAUUCCCUUAUGAGUUUUGAUUUGUUUUACUGCAUGUUUGUGUUUACUAAGCUUUUUAGGCUUUGUUUUCAUCCACACUGUUGCAUUUCUGUCACCUUUUCUCCGAGUCUUUCUUAGCUAAACCACUUAAUUCUCUGAGUCUAACUUAGCUAAACCACUUAUACUCUCUCUGGGUCUAACUUAGCUAAACCUCUCAUAUUCUCUCCGAGUCUAACUUAGCUAAACCACUUACGUUCUCUCAGAGUCUAACUUAGCUAAACCGUUUAAUUCUCUCUAAAUUUAACUUAACUAAACCACUUAAAUUUUCUUUCACUUAGCGAAACCAAUAGUGUGACGUUUAAAGUAUUUAAAUAAGUUGAUAUUAUUGGUUUUAUUUUAAAUGUUAGGGUGACAGAGAUUUUUUUAUUUUAUUUAAUUGUAGUAUAAUAUUCCUAUACCUCCUCAUUAGAUUUCAUUUGAUCUGAUCUACUCCUAUUUGUCAAACUGUUUCUUUCAUAAAUAAAAGUGCCUAAGUUUUGAGAACUAGACUCUAAUUAAAUUUGUUUCUUAUUUCACUUUGCGCUCAAUAAGUUAAUAUUUAUGUAUCUGCACUGCAUGAACUGAACUUUGAAAUGAAUGAAAAAUAGAAUUAAUUUUUUUUUAAAAUUCAUGUAUUUUUGUUUCAUUUCAAUUUCAAUAACUGGUACAUAUUAGAAAUUGUCUAU